AUGUCCGCAAACCGAUUGAACGUGCUGGUGACCCUGAUGCUCGCCGUCGCGCUUCUUGUGAUGGAAUCGGGAAACGCACAGGUGGAUGGCUAUCCCCAAUUCGGCUCGAAGCGAUCCGCCGUAAAUGCGCCACAGAAAUAUUGCGGCAAGAAGCUUUCCAAUGCUCUACAGAUAAUCUGUGAUGGCGUGUACAAUUCCAUGUUUAAGAAGAGUGGUCAAGCGCGGGAAGAAGCGAACGUCGAUAGCAGAGAUAGCAACUUUGACUACGUUCGCACCCAAGAAAUGGAAAUGGCCGAUUAUCCGAUCGCCUACGAAUUUCCUCCAUUCCUGCCGCGAGCGAGGGCACGGGGGAUGUUAGACGGACGCUUCGCUGGCAGGCGUUACCGAAGGCAGGGUCGAGGUAUCCAUGAGGAAUGCUGCAUCAACCCGUGUACGAUAAAUGAACUGACUAGCUACUGCGGCGGCAGAGGAGGCGCUUCGGAGUAA